AAAAACAUUUAUCUUUCUUUCAUCAGGUGAUCCCAGCGAGCCAACCUGGUGACCCGUCCAUUUCACCAGAACCUCACAAUCCAAGACAGCACUCAGAACAAAUGGGUUUUGUAAAAGAAGCACAGUUAAGAUAAGCUUUAAAUCUUUGACCCACGUCAGGCGGUAAAUCAGUUCCGAAUCAGGAAAGGACACAAGAAAAAUAAUCAUUGUUUUGUGUAACGUAACGGAACCAGAUAUGGACCAGAACAAUGCUUCGAAUCAUCCGUUCCACACAGAUUUCCAGACUGAACCACUGUUUGGGUUUUAUUCUACCAUUAUCAAUCAGCAGCAGCACAGAUAUGAUGUCCUCGCUGUGGAUGAGACCAGGUGAUCCCACGAAGACACCGAACUUAUUCACUUUAUUUUCUGUGAAUAAGAAUAAGGAUGAGGGGAGUAAGGGGACCCACCAAGAUACUCAGGACUCAGAAUAUCAUGUUGCGCCCCUGGGCCUGUGAAUUAAUUAACAAGGAGAAAUCCGGAGAGGGGUUCUGGAAUAGAUUAACUGGAUCUCCACAGAGGAGGACCUGCCUCCAUCUCAGUCUGACCAGUCUGACUUCAGAGGAGAGAAAUCGGGUGCUGCAGUAGGAACACGGUCCAAAGCUUUAGAAACUUCCUCUGGAGUCACAUCUGAAGAAGAACCUGAAGAACAGGAGUUCUGGCUGAAAGCAUCUUCCAAGGGAGUAGAACCCGCUGUUGGAACUGCCCGGUUAACUCUGCAGCAGAACAUCUCCGGAACAGAAAACAUGGUUCCGAGUUCACGUUCCUCCUUCCUGCAGGGGGCGCGCUGGUGUCAUGAUUUCCAAUAUGCCGCUCAACGUGACGUCAUUGCACAGUUCAAACGGAACCGCGGAAACAGGUGGAGCGCGCGGCCAUCCAGAAUCAGAACCACAGCUGCGGGUCUGUCAUGGUCCAGGAGUUUCACGUGGUCAGGUGUUUCCGCUGCCUGAGCUUCCAGGUGCAGCAGGUGAAGAAGGUGAAGAAAUGGAGCUGUAAGCUGUGUGGAGAAAAGCAGUCGCUGCUGAAGGAAUUUGGUCGGGGGUCUGGAGCGGACUGCCGUCGUCAUGUCCAGAAGCUGAACGCCAUGAGAGGAGCCAUGAUGGAAGAUCAGGAGGACAACACCUGGUCGCUAUGUGAGCAGGUAGAGGCAGAGGAAGAAGAGGAGACGGAGCAUACAGAUGACCAGGUGAGACCCUCUCAGGUGAGCCGUUGGGGCAAGUAUUUGGACACACCUCAGGAGGAGGAGUCCAAGGAAGAGGUCUUAGUGGGCAGGAACCAUCUUCAUGGGAGCAACACCAAUAGCAGGAAAAGACAGAGAUCAGAGGAGCUUGCAGAUGGAAGACGAGAAGAUGGCUGCAUACCUGCCAAGCUGCAGCUUCCAGCAGUGACAUCAGAUGCCACCAGUUCACACAGUGGUUCUGGUUCCAGAUGGAGUCAUUUCCUAAGGGCUCACAGGCAGGGGGUGGAGUGUUCUGUUAGUGGGUGGAGUCAAUCAACAGGUGCAGUAGCUACCAAGGCCUGCAGUGAUGACAUCACACUCCGCCCCCAGUUUCCUGUGCCCUCCAUGUUUGAAAGCGGCGAAGAGUUCAACUUUGAUGACGACUUUCAGAGUUUUUAGCUUUGAUGCCGUUUGUUUAGAUUUGAACUGCUCUGUUUGUGUUUAUUUGACCCACUUUGUUCAGAUCAGAGGCGUUUGCUUUUGUCUGAGAUGUUUUAUUUAUAUUGAUCUCUUGUUUAUUUUGACACAAAGUUUUUUUUAAAGUUUUUAUUGACCAGUUGAUCAGAAAUCCGAUCGUAGAGAAUAGAAACAGAAGAACAAAUAAACGUAUUAAUUAAACAAA